AUGGCGCAUGCGCUAAAUCUGGAGAUGCAAGCGAGGCAGAGGGCAGAAGUCAUGAUGGAAGACAUCGCUAAGAACAGAGUGGGAAGUUUUGGUCAGUGUAAAUGCCGGGAGGGUUUCCAGGUCAAUGACCGCAAGGCCGCGGCACCUAGCCUUUACAUCUCCCAGGUAUCCCUGACCCUGACCGACCUCUCGGACGCAUGCGUACAAACCGACAACUGCCAUCCUCAUCAAACUUCAGUUCUGACGCAAACGGAUUUCAAAAAAGGGCAUGAAACGAGAAAUCAAUUUGACGCAUGCGUGCAAGUCUCAAAUGAUGCAAAUGUCGUUGACGCGUGCGUACAAACGGCUGUCGGUUUGAGUCGGCCAUCUUUGGACCACCCAAGUCGACCACCUGACGUCAUCUCAUUACGUCAUCAGACAGACAGUUGGACCCAAACAGACGCCUGGGAUAGCCAAGGGCGCGGGGAAACAGCUGACACUGUCUGCGCAUGUACGCAGACGUUUUACGGCUGUAGUGACGCCUCCACACAAACAGACGGUCAAUCACGACAUUCCGUCUCGACGGUUCAUUCAUAUGUUUCAGCUCUCGUGGCAAACGCAGUGGCGGAGGUAGGGGCUGAAAAACAGUUCUGUUACGAUUUAGACGCCCAAGGUCAACAGUUUAGCAAAGGUCAUCGUUCACAACAGGACAUCGAGGAACGUCAAAAUCAAGGUGAAUGCCGGGAAAAACAAAUGAGCAAAGAGGAUGAGAAGCAGGAAACUUGUUUAGAUCUGUCCGUAAAUCAACAAGACCAGAUCCAGGAGGAGCUUUACUGCAAACAAAACGUUCCGGAGCUUUCACAGGGUCAAGACAUCUUACAAGAUAAGGGACAAGAUAAGACCCCCGACACAGAGGUUUGCACAGUUUCAGAGAAGAACUGCGAAGACAAGGUCUUCGAGUGCCAUUCUGUGGAUCAAGACAAGUUAGUAAAUGGCAGUAUAGAAGCAAAGGUACUGCCUGCUAAAACGCAACUGACUUCGGACACACUAGAAGAAGCAAUGGACCAUGUUUUGACUCCUAAUGUAUCUACUGUUACUCAAGUGACAGAAAAUUGUUCUGAUGUACCAGUUUCACAAACACACAACACAGAAGCCACACUGGACUAUACUGAAGAUGGUUCCUAUAACAUCAGUAGCAACUCAGUUGCUACUUCUGAGAGCAGUCUAGAUCAAGUAGCCACGCCUAAUACAGCAAACUCUAAAGUACGACAAGAAAAGGGCUCAGAACUUACGCAGGAUCCUCCUGCUGCUAAGAGCCAAGGGAAGAUGUCAUACUUGUACGAUCCCGUUCUUGAUAUUUACUAUAGGCCAAGUGAAGGCGUUCAGCCAGAUGAGAAUGUUCCCAAUGCUAACCCUGAGAAUGACCAUACCGAGACCACGUCUUCUUCAGAUGCUUGUAGCCUCGCUCCCAGGCCGUCAGGCACUGGUAGUGCGGGUCCCAGCAUUUCAGGCUUUAGUACGGGUAGCCUAGGCUUCAGGCCUCCUGACUCCAGUAGUCUCAUCUCCAAGCUACCAGAAGCCAAUUCCUAUAGACUCGGUUUCAGUCCCCCAGACACCAGGCCUCUGGACACCAAAACAAGUAGCCUAGACUCCAGGCCUGCGGAAGGCAACCCCGGUAGCCUCGGUUGCCGGACAUCACUACAGGAGCGACUAGGACUGAUGAGUAAGAUAAGGAUGGCCAACAGCUUCUCCAUACAGGAGGAGGAGGCUGAGGAUGGGUGUGAAGAAGACACUGAGUUGUUCCCGGGGGUGGGGAGUAGUAACUGUUAUUGUCUGAUUUACAGUGAGUUGGGUCCCCUGCCUGUACUGCGGGAAGAGUCGAUGGAGAUGUCUUCAGACACAGAGGAGAACCACUUUAUACCCGUCGUGCACGAGCCUUCCAUUGAGAAGAGCCCGGCUAGUUCGGAGGAUGAGGAGGGCCCGCUGGACCUCCCCCGGAGAGGGAGCCUCCUGCAGCCGAGGGACGACUCACCGGCGUUACGGUCCAAAUCUGCCGAGUUCAGCGGAGAUAUCAGGAGAGGGUCUAGCGGGUUCCUGACGCGGCCCAAGGUGCACCGGCGGUCAGACCCCAUCAAGAAAGCUUCCCUACAGGAACUGCGCAAAAUCUCCUUCUGUAGAGGGAGCCGGCCCAUCCUGUCAUUCAGUGAGGAGGGGGUGGUGGACCUGCUGCACGGUUCGCUGGAGGAAGUGGAGCUGACGGAAGAGGACCGGAAACGGAAUCUGGAGCUCCUGGAGGAAUGCCGGAUUGCGUCAGAGAGGUUCAAGAACCGGCCCAGACCUUACAAGUUCAAGAAGGGAGGGAAAACGCAUGAACGAGACCGGCCAGCGUCCCCGGCACGACAGGAGACAGCGGAGGAAAGCGGUCAUCUUGCCGACAAGGAGAGCAGCUUGGACACCCCUCCGGAGGAGGAGGAGGAGAAGGAGGAGCAGAAGUUGAAGAAGAGGUCAUCCACAAGGUCACUGCGAUCCAACUCCACAGAUUCGGACAUAGACGUGAAGGCGGACAUCCUCCGCGGUCUCAGCUCAACCUUCCCGCAGACCAGGCCUGCGGCGGGAGGGGGGUACCAGGACUUCCCCAUCAAACCGGCCGGCAAGGGGGCAGGCUACAAGGACUUCCCGCUUCCUAAGGCACAGGGGGGAUACCGGGACUUCCCUCUGGUCAAGACAAGCGGCGGUCCGGGCGGGUAUCAGGACUUCCCGCUGAAGCCCAUCCCUGGUCUGCCCGGAGACACACCGACUCCGCCACAGAAGCCACUCAGAGAACAGGGCCGAGGAGCAGAGGAGAACAAGGUACGAUUCGGGAACACGGCUGCAGUCAGCUCACGUCUGCCUGAGCUCGCCGAGGCCUCCGAGACUGAGAGUAAACAGGACGAGGACAGUGACCGGAGUUCCCCCUCCUCGUCGCCCGAGGACCACGCCGAGGUUGUCUCCCGCAGCAUGCCUGAGUCGGUGCUGAGGAACCUCGGGCUGGCCACCUCUCAGCCACAAAGGUGCCUGACGGAAGAGGAAGUGGAGAACCGUUUCACGGCCCUGACGCUAUUCCCUGUCUUUUUAGAACCGUUUCACGGUCCUGACGCAGUUUCAUGCCUUUUUCAGAACCGUUUCACGGCCCUGGCGCUGGAGUGGCGCACGGACUCGUACACGCUGGAGAAGCGGUGUCUCCUGCUGGAGAGGCAGCGGGACGUGGCCGAGAAGAACCUGGACCAGGAGAUGAGCAUGCUCAGGGGGUCACUAGUGGGCCUGAACCACCUCGUGAAGGACAGGGAAACCCAUGAGUUGAUGCGGGAGCUUCACCAGCAGAUGGACAUCAUCCACCACCUCAACAUCAAGGUCUCCAUCAAGUCCGAGAUGCACGGAUCGGUCCAGCAGGAGUGGCGCGUGAGCAGGGCGAUAGAAGUCAUGAUGCAACACGUGGAGAACCUCAAGCGUCUGUAUGAGCGGGAACACGCAGAGCUGGAGGAAAUGAGGAGAAGACUCUCCAACAACAGGUCCUAUCAGAGUACGGCGGGCGUCCAUCGCCCUCUCUCCCGGUAUGAACAAGCUAUCCCAAGAUCCAUCGCGGUGGGAUUAGGAGGGCCACCAUCACCGGACGCUGCCGGCGGCAAUAGACGCCCCCCGAUGGUCAGUCGAGGGUCAGUGUUCGGGCCGAACGGCACCAGCGCACAGGGGAGCUCCAGCGUGGACGACACGGCCGGAGCAGACAAGUCCAAGACCUUUGAACAGGGUCUAAGAGCUCAGGUUUCUAAGACUCUACUGGAGCUCCGUGAGCAGCAAAAGGAACUGUCUGAUAGUGUGGAGCUUUUACUUGAGGAGGAAGAGGAGGAUGGGAGCUCUGAUCGAGAAAAUGGUACCUUUAUCUCAUCGAUGUACGAAACCAUCACUGCACAAUUCCUGCCCGGGUGGAGAAGAAAACAGCACAUCUGGAGGCUUGUAGUUACAGGCAUCAUCUGCAUGGCGGCGCUGCUGAGCGUCAUCUACGCUUUCCUGCCGUCCCGAAGAGGCGUGGUGGAAGAGAACAUGACUUAACCCUUGUCCUGCUGGCAUUCCUGGCACAAUAUUUUUCAAUAAUUUCAUGUCUUAAUUAGAUCAUAGACA